AUGAUUCUCUUCAUUCUAUUAUUGUUAUUUUUAUCCAAUCUACCUUCAUUCGCAGUCAAAAUUCAGCAAAAGAGCUACAAAGUGAACGUCGAUUUGUUGUUGUAUCCUCCAUUCGGAAUAAUCUCAAAUGAUUGCAAGUCAAAUCCGAACAAGACAAGUUGUUCAGGGAAUGGGAAAUAUGAGGGAUUUGCUGUGGAUCUAUUUAAGAUGUUUUCUGAGAGAAUUCCCGGCUUCGAGUAUACGAUAAAGGAGAGCGCUCGCGCUGGGACGAGAUUACCGUUAGGAAGCUGGGAUGGAUCGCUGGGGAAACUCUUGAAUAAAGAGACCGAUUUAGUGAUUGGACCGAUUGCCAUCACUAUGGAACGCGAGCGAGUCUUUCAAUUCACUCAACCAUUUCUCACCUCUGGCGUUUCGGUGAUGAUUAAAAAGCCGGAAAAAGCAAAAGUCAAUAGAUUUCCUCCAUCAUCUUUCUUGAUGCCAUUCUCUAAAACAACUUGGCUUUUCAUUUGUUUCGCUUACUUGGCUAUAGGAAUUUUCUAUUCGAUUCUCAAGGCAUUUCCCAGAAAUUUGAAUAUUCAUGGUCGAAAGAAGAAAAGUGCUGGUGAACAAUUGAUUACACUGGCUUUCUUUGUCUUUACUCUUUUCGUUUUUGGCGUUUACACGGCGAAUUUAGCAGUGAUUCUGCAAGCGUUUCAAACGGUCGAAGUCGCGGACUUCCCAUUUCAAAGCCUUACGGAGCUUGUCCGCUCAAUCCCAAGAAUCAAAGUUGGUGUCGUGAAAGACGGUACAACAGCCAAUCUAUUCAAGAAUCAAAACACGGAGUUGACGAGAGAGCUUUGGAGACAUAUGAUUGAAGAGGACACUUUCGUCACCUCGUAUGCAGAGGGAAUCGAUCGCGUUCGAAAAAGUAAAGGUAAAUAUGCCUUCAUUCUCGAGGAUCUCGCCAAUCAAUACGAAAGCAAUCGUAAGCCUUGUGACACGAUGAGACUUGGUGAGCUGAUGAAUCGUUUCGGAUACGGAGUUGUGCUUCCAUUUGGUUCAAACUUAACUACAAGUUUGAAUCUUGCAAUCUUGACAUUGCAAGAGAAUGGAAGCCUUAAAAGACUCGAAUCGAAAUGGAUGGGCGAGGCGAAGAGUGAAUGCAUAUCGCCGAAAGAUCUUGAAGUCAAGCCAAUGUCUCCGAAAGACUAUUCGAUCGAAUUCUCGGGAAUUGCCGGGAUUUUCUACAUUCUGAUGGCCGUUUUAACACUUGCACUUGUUGUUGUGAUCGCUGAACACGUUGCUUGCAAAAAGAAAAAGACACCAGAAAACGAAGCAUUGACUGCA